GAAGGUCGAAGCUUUCGAGAAAUUUGCUAUAUAUAAUUAAGAUCAGAUAAAUUAAAGAAAAAAGAUGGUGCGAGCACCUUGCUGUGAGAAGAUGGGAUUAAAGAGGGGGCCAUGGACUACUGAAGAAGAUAAGAUUUUAGUCUCCCACAUCGAAAAGAAUGGCCACGGGAAUUGGCGUGCGCUUCCAAAGCAAGCUGGCCUGCUAAGAUGUGGGAAGAGUUGCAGACUCCGAUGGAUAAACUACUUGAGGCCAGAUAUCAAGAGAGGAAACUUCAGCAGAGAAGAAGAGGAAACUAUCAUUAAUUUGCAUGAGAUGCUAGGGAAUAGGUGGUCAGCAAUUGCAGCAAAAUUACCAGGACGAACUGAUAAUGAAAUAAAAAAUGUCUGGCACACCCACUUGAAGAAAAAACUCAAACAAAACCAGGCCAAGACACAAAUCAUUCUACAAUCUACAACCUGCGAUUCCAAUUCCCCAAGGCAAUCAGAAUCCUCGGACUUGGAUAUUCUUCCUUCACAUCAAGCAUAUGCAUCAAUGUCUCCACAACCAUCUUCUAGUGAUUUUUCAUCCGUCACGGAUGCCUCGGUUACAUUAAACAACAUGAGCCAUAUUAAGGUUGAUGACAUGGACUUUUCGGAAAGUUUUCCUGAAUUCGAUGAAAGUAUUUGGUCAGAACCGCCAUUGGUAGAGACCACCAGCAAUAUGCCGUUGGAUUUAUUAGCCGUCAGUACUGAUGAUCAAUCACAAGCUCAAUCUCAAUUCAAUCCAAUUGAAAGGGUGGACUUGGGCGACAAUUAUGAUUCAAUUCUUGAUGAUGACAUGGACUUUUGGUACAACCUUUUCAUUAGAGCUGGGGGUUCGACAGAAUUAUCAGAAUUUUAAAAGUGUUUUGGUUUUCAUUUGGCGGCUUGUAAAAUUUCGAAUAUCGUGGUUCAUGUUUUUGACCGUUACUCUACAUCGAAAGGACAGCAAUUUCUAGUGAGGGGCAGGCUUAUCUCCAAGCUAGCCAAAAAGCUUGACGAACAAAAAGGAGGUCUAUGAUGCGGACAGGGUACACAAGCAAGGUGCCACGAUGGUGAUUCUAGUGCAAAUUUGAAGGGGCUUCACAAAUAGCAAAAGACAAUAUCUACAUUCUAAUCUUUUUUUAUAUAUUGAACAAAUAAUUUAUGUUUAUUAAUCUUUUGAUUACCCUUUUCAGUUUUGUAAAAAGAAAUAUUAGCGAUCGAUGAU